AUGGGCAAUCAGGUAUCUAAGCCUGAUAAGAAAGGUGUGGCAAUGCCACAACAUGCACAGAUGAAAAUUGCUCGAAAACCACAACGACCUCAAGAAAUGUCAAAUAAAUUACCGCAAGCAAUGCCACGGAGACAAUGUUAUUUGAAAUUUCUACGAAUGAGCCGUAUAAAAGAUUAUUUGUUGUUGGAAAAAGAAUUCAUUCAACGUCAAGGGAAACAUGGAUCAAUCAGUGAGCAACAGAGGAAAGAACGUAAAGCCGUGAAUGCAUUACGUGGUUCACCUAUUGCACUUGCUCGUAUUCAUGAGCUUUUCGUUGAUGAAAAGCAUGCUGUGGUGGUUGUCGAAGGUAACAAACGAGAAUGGUACAUACCGAUAUUAUCAAUCGUUGAUAAGGAUCUAAUCCGAAUCGGUGCUUUGGUUAUGGUAAAAGCUCAAGGAUCAUUAAAGAAUGUUCCCAUAGCAGUGGUUGGAGUAUUACAUGAUAGCGUUGAUGCAUUUAAUUCCAUUAUCAAUAAACUUGAAAAACCACCCAAAGAAUCAUUUGAUGAUAUUGGAGGAUUGGAGGAACAGAUUCAGGAACUCAAAGAAACUGUAGAACUACCGCUUAUUCAUCCGGAAUAUUAUGAAGAAAUGGGCAUUACUGCGCCAAAAGGUGUUAUUUUAUUCGGAGAACCGGGAACAGGGAAAACUUUACUAGCUAAAGCAGUAGCACAUAGUACAUCAGCAACUUUCAUUCGAGUUACUGGUGCUGAUCUGAUCCAGAAAAAUAGUGGUGAUGGCUCCAAACUAGUACGCGAAUUAUUUCGGAUGGCAAGAGAAUCAGCUCCAUGUAUCAUAUUUAUCGAUGAAAUUGAUGCAGUUGGUACGAAACGAUAUGAUACGACUUGUGGUGGUGAACGCGAAGUUCAACGAACAAUGUUAGAACUGUUAAAUCAGCUUGAUGGAUUCGAAAGCCGUGGCGAUGUUAAGAUAAUAAUGGCAACAAAUCGGAUUGAUGUACUGGAUCCGGCGCUCAUCCGGCCAGGCCGUAUUGAUCGUAAAAUAGAAUUACCAAAACCAGAUGAAAAAACAAAACUUAAAAUUUUUCAAAUACAUACGGCAGGAAUGAAAAUUGCAGCUAACGUUAAAUUCGAAAAAUACGCCUCUGAAUUAUCACUUUCCGGUGCAGAUUGUAAGGCGAUCUGUACAGAAGCUGGAAUGCUUGCACUUCGUGCGCAAAGAAAAUACGUAUGCCUGGAGGAUUUUGAUAAGGCUAUGGAACGAGUUAUUAUGCAGAAGAAAAAUGAAGCACCAGAGGGAUUUUUUAUGUAA